GUUGUACCUUUUUCAGGUCCGUUUUCCAGAAUGGAGUGCAGAGUUGAUGCGGGUUUGGAGGAGCUGUGUCCAGUUUGUGGAGAUAAAGUCUCUGGGUACCACUACGGUCUGCUCACCUGUGAGAGUUGUAAGGGUUUUUUCAAAAGAACGGUUCAAAACAACAAGAAGUACACCUGUGCAGAAAAGCAGGACUGCAGAAUCGAUAAAACUCAGAGGAAGCGCUGUCCCUUCUGCAGGUUUCAGAAGUGUCUUCAUGUCGGGAUGCGACUGGAAGCUGUCCGUGCAGAUCGGAUGCGAGGUGGCAGAAACAAGUUUGGCCCCAUGUACAAGCGUGAUCGUGCCCUCAAGCAGCAGAGAAAGGCUUUGAUACAAGCUGGUGGAUUCAGGGCAGAGAGCAGUCCUCAUCUGGUCUCCUCAACCCACCAGAGAGAAUUAAGCUUUCCUGGUGGCCUCCAUCUAGUUCCCAUCCUUCACAGCAACGAUUGUAUCAGCUACCAGCCUACAUCACUGUGUUCAUUCCUGCCCUCCAACUCACCUGUUGCCACCCAGUACCAGCGCACCCCCUUCUCAAACUGGACCAUCAAGUCAGAGCACACCAACAACUGUAUGAGCUCACGUGGUUCUGCUGCAGGAACCAGCUCAAACAAGAUGUAUUCAAGACCUUUCUUUCCACAUGGCCCCAGAAUGCCUCAGCUCGUGAUGGAGUUCCUGCGCUGUGAGCCAGACGAGUUACAGCUGCAGGAUAAGAUUGCUGUUCACCUCCUGCAGGAGCAGACAGGCUGGGCGGAACAAGGAAACCCCAGCACGUUGAGCCUGAUGUGCCUCAUGGCUGACCAGACACUCUUCUCCAUCGUGGAGUGGGCUCGCACAUCCAUCUUCUUCAAAAGACUUAAGGUGAGUGACCAGAUGAAGUUACUGCACAGCUGCUGGAGUGAUCUGCUGCUCCUGGAUGCCGUCUCCAGACAGGUCCUCUAUGGCAGAGAGGGCAGACUGCUCCUGGUCACUGGGCAGGAGAUGGAGCUGUCAGAAGUAGCCUCUCAUGCUGGUCCUAUCUUAGCCAGCUUAGUCCAGAGAGGACAGGAGCUGGUUGAGAAGCUUCACAUCCUGAAAGUGGAUCGCCAAGAGUUUGCGUGCAUCAAGUUCCUCAUCCUCUUUAAUCCGGAAGUUAAACAUCUUGAAGAGCAUCAGUUUGUGGAGAGCGUGCAGGAGCAGGUUGAAGGAGCCCUGCUGGAGUACACACUGUGCACCUCUUCUCACCUUCUUGGACGCUUUGCUCAUCUGCUGUUGUGUUUGUCUGAGUUACGCUCUCUCAGCACCCUCGCUGAAGACUACCUGCACUGCAAACACCUGAACGGUGAGGUGCCCUGCAACAACCUGCUCAUGGAGAUGCUCCACGCCAAGUGCAGCUUGGCAGAAGACUUGAGGAAGCAUGAAACUGUGAUGAAUGUCUGAUACAGUGAGGUUAUCCCUGAUAUGCUGUGUGCUGUAAGACUCAUUUUUAGCCAUGUGAGUUCUAGCUACUGAAA